GGCCAGCCUCCUCACUCGCCUCUUCCUCCUUCACCACCUGCCCGGCUCAGCAGCUGCCCAGUUGCCUCAGCCCUGCAACCAUGCCCCACGGCCUCCUGUGGCUGGGCCUCACCCUACUGGGGGCCCUGCAGACCCAGGCCCAGGACUCCACCCCAAACCUGAUCCCCGCCCCACCUCUGUCCAAGGUCCCGCUGCAGCCAAACUUCCAAGAUGACCAGUUCCAGGGGAAGUGGUACGUCGUGGGCCUGGCAGGGAAUGCCUUUUCAAAGGAAGACAAAGACUUUAAGAUGUACACCACCAACUACGAGCUGAAAGAAGACCGCAGCUACAAUGUCACCUCCACCCUGCUCAGGAACCAGCGCUGUGACUACUUUGUCAGAACUUUUGUCCAAACUUCCCAGCCCGGCCAGUUCAGCCUGGGCAACAUUAAGGCUUACCCUCCACUGCAGAGCUACACCGUGCGAGUGGUGGACACCGACUACAACCAGUUCGCCACGGUGUUCUUCAAGAAGGUUUCCCAAAACAAGGAGUACUUCAAGAUCACCCUCUACGGAAGGACCAAGGAGCUGCCCCCUGAGCUGAAGGAGAACUUCAUCCGCUUUGUCAAAUCCCUGGGCCUCAGCGAUGACAACAUCGUCUUCCCUGUCCCAAUCGACAAGUGCAUCGAUGACCAGUGAGCAGGUGGUGCCUCCUCUUCCUCCUUCACGUUGCCUUCAUAUCCACCUCCACCCAAGGUGCCACCCAGCUGCCCCCACGAGCCGGACGCCACUGAGAGCCAGGAUCCUCUCACAGUGCGGCCCAGCGCUGCUCCCAGGCCACCCUGCUGAUGGAGUUGCUCCUUCACUGCUAAAUAAAUACAUGCCACAGCC